CACAGCCACCAGGGCUGCGGCAGUGCGCCCAACAGCGGACUCCGAGACUGAGAUCGGUAGACCUCGGCGAACCCUCGCUCUCCACCACCCACUCUCAGAGCCAUGGCCGCAGUGACAGCAGCUUCGGCAGAACUGCUAAUCAUCGGCUGGUACAUCUUCCGCGUGUUGCUGCAGACCCUGUCCCCAGUGCGCCCCCGCCCGGCCAGGAACAAAGACUCAGGGGUUCGGCGGUCGCCCGCUGCGGACGAUCACAACCAAUGCGGUGUUCAGGUACUCCCUGCAGAAGCUGGCACACACUGUGUCCCGGACCGGACGGCAGGUGCUAGGGGAGCGCAGGCAGCAAGCCCCCAACUGAGGCUCCAGAUCCCAGCCCUGGGCGGCCAUGUCAUCACGUGCUCCUAUGCUUUUCAACAAGCAUGGGAGCCAGUGCCGCGCAGUAAUGGGGGGUCCCCUGUGCUCAUUCGUCAGAGACGCACUUGCCAAGGUCAGUGAGGGGCCAGUAGGCCCCUGGAAAAGCAGCACCGACAAUGAUGAAGAUAUCCGUUCCCUUCCCAACCCCUCUGACCCUGUCCCACUACCGGAGGGUGGGAGAGGAGGGGGAAGAGGGGAGCAAAUUCUCGAGAUCUGGGCAUAUGCACCACAUUCUGAUUUGAACCAAGUCGUAACAGCACCAUCUCAGCCACAUGACAGAUCCUACCACAGAGAUUCAACAUCCCAACAACCAGCAGAAUGGACAUUCUGACAUCACCAGCUGAAGCCCUGAAUCUCAGUACAGAAGAGAAAACAUCGACUGCAUGCCGUGUGGUGUGGUGGGACUGGAGGGCAUGGGUGGGGGUGGAAGUGGGUUAAGAAAUUCAGAGGAGCCCUCUUGCUGUCCCUUGCCUAUGGCACGCCUAUUUCUGCCUUGAUCCCUCAUUCCUCCUUUCAACCCUGCCUUCCAAACCCCUCCCCAAAAUGUGUCACUUGAUUCAGCCCUAUGUAACUAGUAACUGAAUCCCACCUUCACCAGAACACCUUCUCCCACCCCUGGGCCUUCACUGAUCUUGCUGUCCCUGGUCUCAUGCAGCAGUUGAGGUCAAUAUUGUGGUAGUCGCUAACUGUACUGGUUUACAUGUGCAUUAGUUGUGUCUCCCCAGCUAGAUUGUAAGCUCCUGGAGAUCAGGGACCACCUCCACAAAAAAUAAAAUCACCUCUCCUGUCUUGUACAGUGUUAGAACCAUGCAGGGCAGUGGGGUACACCAAAAAGUUCCUUUGUGGCUUCUUUUGCGACAGCAUCACACAUCUCUAAAGCUGGGCAAGGUAUCUAUU